AUGUCAUUUGACUCAAUAUCAGCUGGAGCGACGGGAUGUUUUCCCCGACGUGCUCACACAAUCAACGCGACAGACGAUGCACACACACAUACGGUAGCCGUCUAUAUGCACAGCUUCAAUCCCGACUGUGAAAAUGAUACGGUACACUUGGAGGUUCAUAAGCGGUGCACGACGGAGGAGCUCAUCGAAAAAGUGCUCGCCGGGAGAGCUGAACUAGAAGGCCAGUCGGUACAAGACUUUGACCUCUUCGAAAUGAUGGGCACCCCCGACGGUCAAACCUAUAAAGAACGCCGCCUAGACCCCGGGGAAUACCCAGUCGCGGUACAGGCCAUCUGGUCAAGACUGCCUGUAGUGGUGGACAGUGCCACUCCAAAAAAUCGAUUUGUUUUUCGACACCGCGGUUAUCGGGCGGCAACCGGCGGCACUCGGUUUGGAAGUGCAGAGGUCGCCUCAUCGAUUGACGCUUUUCUUACGAAAUUCUUGGUUCAGCCACAGGACCGCGAGUACGCCGAUCUCUGUAACUUGCCAGAGCUCACGGAGCAAACCCUCUUGGACAAUUUGCGGGAAAGAUUCGCGAAUGGGCACAUUUACACGUACAUCGGUCCAAUUCUAGUAGCCGUGAACCCGUUUUGCUUUUUUCCGAUCUACAACCCAAAAUAUGCUAGGCUAUACUUUCAAAGUAAGCGGCUCGGCUCACUACCACCGCACAUUUUUGCAAUCGCCGAUGUCUGUUACCACAACAUGCUCCGUAUCAAGGAAAAUCAAUGCGUGGUAAUCUCCGGGGAAAGUGGUUCGGGAAAAACGGAAUCCACGAAUCAUCUGAUGUCCCAUUUGAUAUCGCUAUCACAGAAAGGUUCAACAGGCUGCAGUACUGAGCAGACACUUCUGUCAGCUGGUCCUGUUCUAGAGGCUUUUGGAAAUGCUGUCACAUUAACGAACAAUAAUAGUAGCAGAUUUGGAAAAUUCAUCAAAAUCAACUAUCGGGAGAAUGGAAUGGUUUCCGGAGCAAACGUGGAGAUCUACCUGCUGGAAAAAUCACGCAUCAUAUUUCAAACUAAAGGAGAACGAAACUACCACGUAUUCUACUACCUUCUGGAGGGUGCAGACGAGGAAGAAAGGAAGAAAUAUUUCUUGUUGAAGCCACAUGAUUAUAAGUAUUUGAAUCAGAACGAGCCAUUUGCACUGGAAGGUGUGAACGAGCGGAAUGAGUUUGAUAGGUUGAGGCAUGCAAUGAGCUCCGUCGGAUUUUGUGCAAAGACCCAGCAGACCAUCUUCGGGAUUAUUUCGGCAGUGUUGCUUCUUGGCAAUAUCACAUAUAUCAAGAGACAUGGCUACCAUAGCGAUGAAAGUGGGUAUAUUGAAAAUGAAGAAGUCGUGGAUUUAGUCGCAAAUCUGCUUCACAUCAAAACCGACACUCUCAUGCAGGCUCUCACUAUGAAACGACAUGUUAUGAAGACAGAAACUGUAGUUUUGCGAUAUAGUGUCUCUGAGGCCACCAACACCCGAGAUGCCAUGGCAAAGUGCAUAUACAACUCUUUGUUUCACUAUAUAGUCCUCAGGAUUAAUCAGGCAUUGCUGAAGAAGGACUUCUCAGCUGGGAAGGGAUAUUAUAUAGGUAUCUUGGAUAUAUUCGGAUUUGAAGACGUUGGGUCUCAAUGCAACAGCUUUGAACAGUUAUGUAUCAACUAUGCCAAUGAGAAACUUCAGUCCUAUUUCAAUCAACAUAUUUUCCAAUUUGAACAAGAGGAGUACUUGAAGGAGGGCAUUUCUUGGACCAAUAUCGAGUAUACUGAUAAUACGGAGUGUGUGCAGCUGUUUCAGAGUAAACCAUAUGGAAUUCUCAGGCUAGUCGAUGAGGAGAGUAAUAUCAAUAAUGGAACAGAUGACUCAAUGCUGGCGAAGUUAAAUCAGUUUUUGAAGAACAACGAAUACUAUGAGACCCCACAGAAGAAGGAGCCGGCAUUCAUCGUGGCUCAUUAUGCUGGAAAAGUCAAGUAUCAAAUUACGGGUUUCCGAGAAAAGAAUAAGGACCUAAUGAGACAGGAUGUGUUGAACGCUCUGAAGUCCAGUACGAGCUCAGUGAUGAAGACCCUGCUGGGAAUCGAUCCGGUGGCGGUGCACAGGUGGAAUGUGCUGAGAAGUGUGUUUCGGGCGAUGAACGCGUUCAAGCAAUCGACAAGGAAACUGCAGAAAAGUGAAUCCGCCGGCCAUCUCCGAGUAAUGGACUCCAUCGUAACGUCUCCCCGUCGUGGCUCGGACUCUGCUCUCUCCGCAUUUCUACGUGGCGAACUUCGCUGUGAAGUUCCAGACUUUUGUGAUACCAGCAUGUUCAACACGAUUAGAAAUCAAGCACGGCGUACCCCGGCGGGAAAGUCUGACGACAAAAUGAGCUUGCUGAAAUCGCUGCAAAUUCUGAAGGAGGCUAUCGGAGGACGGAGGCUUGCCAAGAAGCCAUCGUCGGUUUCAAAGCAGUUCGAGUACUCGUUGACGAGGUUGAUGAGCACACUGGCCAACGCGACGCCGUAUUUUAUAAGGUGUAUUAAGAGUAAUAAUGAUAAGAUCGCCAACCACUUCGACGACAACAUAAUCCUCCGCCAGCUCCGCUACACCGGAAUGCUCGAGACCGUUCGAAUUCGGAGAGCCGGGUACUCUGUGAGAAUUGAGUAUCCAAGCUUUGUCCAGCAAUACCGAAUUCUUUUGCGAAACGGAAGGGAUAGUACUGUGGACGAUGUGAAAGAGUACAUACAUUCCCAUGCAUCGAUUGAUAAUGAUAAUAUUCAAUAUGGAACCAAUAAGAUUUUUAUGAGAGACGCUGAAAAGUUGAUACUCGAUGAUCAUUUGCAUCGGACAAUUAUGCAAUCAAUCGAUACACUUCAACGAUGGUUCAGGACAAUGUUGGCUAGAAAGCGAUAUUUGAGAAUGAAAGAGGGUAUUAUCAAGAUCCAAGCAUUGAUUCGAGGAUCAUUUGCAAGAGCCGAAGUUCGGAAAAAAGCCUUAGCAGCUCAAACGAUACAGUGUAAUUGGAAGAAGUACAAGCAACGACAGAAAUAUUUAUCGAUAAGAGAAUCGGUGAUAGCUCUGCAGUCUGCGUAUCGCGGAGCAUCGGUUCGCAAGCGAGUCGGCGAGAUUCCAAAGGGCAAUGGAGCCUUGAACGUUAAGAAGUCACCGUUUAGAGUUCGGAAGGUUCAUGCUGUGAAUCUUACAAAGUUCGACUUGAGUGAUCCGAGCUCUCUGGCGGCUUUUGCUCUUUCGGAUGAUGAUUCGGAUAGUGAUAAGUCUACGCAGGAUGGGCUUGAUGAUGAUAUUUCGGAAGAGAGUGAUGCUUUUCAGGACGAUGACGCCGUCGACGUGGACGCCACAUUUAUCCUGGAAGACACAAAGUUGAAGCUCAUUGAAGGAGCUGAUCUAUCCCAUCAUAGACGGCAAUCUCUGGCCCCUACGGCUUCAACCACCAAAUUAAAAAUGUUACGGAGGGCUAAUAGUACCGAAUCCAACAAUUUCUCAAUGUCAAGAUGUGAUGACUCGUUCACGCUAAGCCCAACACAUUCCAAAAAGAAAGGAGGCGCUGGAAAGUUGGGAUUCCAGAAGGCAAAAAAGAAUUUGAAGGCACUUUUUGGCAGGAACGAGGACGAGGAUGAACCGUCUCCGGGACCAAGUUUUGCCAGUGAACUGACGCCGGACGUGUUCGUCGCAAAAGACCAUCAAUUCAAGAUGUCACGACUUCAUCGGCAGGAGAUAUGUGCUCUUUGCAAUCGGCACCUGACGAACUUCAUCUCACAGGCGCACAAGUGUCAGAGAUGCAAAAUGUGCCUGCACAAGGAAUGCUUCGUCUUCGCCUCCUCCAUCCCGUGCAAUCCCACGUCACCAGUUCGAUCACCAACUCGGCUGCAUUCACCGAAACGGCCAUGGGAUUUGAUGCCCCACAAGCAGCGGCAAUCCUCCUCACCAAUUCCAUCGACCGGCACGUUCAGUUUAACAAAAACCAAGCAACAGAUCGACCCUGGAAACAUGCUUGUAGAAUCCACCGACGAUCUCCGACAAUUCAGUAUUUUUAUUUUCAACAAGACACGUCAUCUAAACGAGAGUAAUGCCAAAAGGGAUACUGUAGUGGAUGCGGUCUUCAAAAAGUCGCUAAGAGCUUUCCAUAUGGAGCUGUUGGGAUAUGAGGCGGUUUUAUCGGUCGAGCAAUCCGUGCUUAAAUACCGUGACGUCAUCACAAUGUUCGAGGGACUUUUAACGAAAGUCUGUCUCGAGGAGAGUGUGUCCUUUCCGACAACACUUGGCGUUAACGCUUUUAGAGGUUUCCUGAACGAAUACGUUCAUGUGCAAUCGAAAAAGAAGCGCGGGAAGGAGAAGUCAUCAAUGAUAAAGAAAGUUGGAAAGAAGCGUGUAAAAUCAGAUGUAGCGGCGGUACAUGCUGGUCACCGAUUCCGUGCCGAAGCAGUCCAUGUGCCGACUUAUUGUGAAGUGUGUAAUCAGUUAAUAUGGCACCAUGAGAAGCUGUACACUUGUGUUGCGUGCCGGAUAUCGUGUCAUAAAAAGUGUCAGCCGAAGGUCACACAUCCGUGUCAGAUGACUGGAAAGGCGAUUGAUCCGAAGACAAAUGGUGGAAGAUUCUUUGGCGCCUCUUUAGUAUCAAUUGUCGAUGAUGAUCAUACUGUGCCAACACUCUUGGACCGACUCUUUUUUGCAAUUGAGACACGUGCCCUGUUUGUGGAAGGAGUUUAUAGAAAAAGUGGAUCUCUACCCCAAGUUCGAAGUAUCAGAAAAGUGAUUGAAUCGACUGCAGAUGCGGAUUCUGUGAAUCUUGAGGAUAUUGGAGUUCAUGUGCUAACUACACUUGUCAAGGCGUUCUUCCGAGAACUCGCCGAACCAAUUAUCAUUUUUGAUCUCUAUGAAAAUUUUUUGAAUGUUUCAGAAGUGGAGGAUAUGGGUGAACGUGUCCGUUGUCUUUCCGUAAUGAUCGAGCUUCUCCCAAAACCGAACCGCGCCGUGCUCGAUCGCCUAAUGUAUCAUUUGGCACGUGUCGCCGACCAGGAAGCCGUCAACAAAAUGGGCUGCAACAACUUGGCUCUGAUCUUCGGGCCAUGUGUGCUCCGCCGACAAGAUAGUGCUCAUGCUCAGGAGCAGUUGAAUGACGUGGCACGGCAAACGGGUUGUGUUCAGACUUUAAUUGAGGAGAAGCUGAAACAGUAUAAAGCCACCAUUCAUAACAUUGUUGAGCUGGAGGAUGCUAGUCAGAAGGUAUCAGCAAACUUGCGAAAAAUUGAAGAGCACCGUCGGAAUAGUGAACCAUCGAAAUUUUCGCCGAAUAUUGGGACUGCAAAGCAAUUGUUCGAGGAACAACUCGAAUUCUUGGGAAAGCAAAAAGAACGCCUUUUACAAGAGCUCCCACCACUGGCUCCGGUCGCCUCCUCAGAAGAUCUUUCCUCAUCCGACGAGAACGCAAUCCACGCGUCAAGCUCCCUUUCCGUCGAGGAGUACGCACUUGAUCUCGACGCACCGCCCGUAUUUUGUCUGCUGCGCUAUCCGACUAAGCUCCGCCCACCGGGUCCCGCCCAUCGACGACGUCCUGACUUGGAUCUUCGGAGAAAAGCGUUCGCCAACUCGCGUGGCAUCGUCUCAUUUUAUUCACCGGUCUAAACAAUUUAUAUAUAUGAAGGUUUUAUCGAUUUUUUAAUUUAUGUUUAAAAAUA